AUGGCAGCUCUGUCUGCCAGCAUCGAUUGGGAGUCCGCUCUUCAGGAGCAACUGGAUGUUGCUCAGGCAACUCUCAAGUCUGGGCAAGUGGAGCUCUCGGCAGCAAAGGCAAGUAAUACAAAUAAAAUGGUUGAUAAAAGAGCUAAUUGGAAAGAUCCAGAAAUUCUGAAAACAUUUUUAGAUGCGUGUAUUGAAGAAAGCACUAGUGGAAAUAGAAGUGGAAGUAGUUUUAAGAAACGUUCAUGGGAUCUAAUUGGUAAUCUUAUGAAAGAAAAAAAGGGACUUGAUCUUACUCAAAAACAGUUGAAAAAUCAACUGGAUUACCUGAAAAGAAAAUACAACAUCUGGGAAAGAAUAGUUAAUAAAACUGGGAAUGGAUACGAUCCCAUUAGCAAUACUGUUAGCUGGACUUCUGAAGAGUGGGAUGACUAUACUAAGAUCUAUCCAGACGCAAAACAAUUUCGAUAUGCCGGCCUACAAUUUGCAGAUGAAAUGAAGUCACUAUUUGAUGGUAUUACAGCUACGGGGAAAGAUGCAUGGGGUCCCUCAAUGGAAGAAAUGCCACCAACUAUUCCAAAUAGUAACAUUACUAUUGAUGUUGAUGCUGAGGUUGAGGUCGAUGUUGAUUUGGAAAGAGAGAUAUCUCAUAGUCCUAGCAUAGAACAUUCAAAGUCUAAACGCCGAAAGUCAAACAAAUCUGAAUAUAUUGACGAACAGAUUUUAGAAACUCUUAAGAAUUUAAAUGAUUCAGAUGAGGCAAGCGUAGAAGAAUGUUCCAAAGUUCUUGAUGAUAUGUUGGAUGAGAGCGAUCCUUUAUAUUUUGUUGCUGGGACAAUAUUUUGUGAAAGUAAGACAUAUAGAGAAUUUUGGAUGCAUCUUAGGAAGAAAAGUGAUGAAGCUAAAAAACAAUGGCUUAUAAUGGUAGGAAAGAAGAUGGGCUUGAUAUAGAAUUAUGGUAGGAAAGGACUUGACUUUAUUAUGAUUAUGUUAUGAAUGUUAUUUUGUUUAAACUUUUAAUUUUGAAACAUCAUUUUGUUUGGUUCGUAAUUGGUUUUUAUAUAUUUGUGAUUUAAGUAUAUUGUGUUAUACCCUUUAUAAUUCUUUU